AUGGGGUACUUCAGGCGAUUUCCAACAACUCUCUGCGUUUGCCUGAUCGUGAUGGUUGCGUGGGCGGAAGUGUCAGUGAGUGCUAAGGACCCGGCACAAACACCUAAACACAUCAACCCUGUAGACUCAGGGGAGGAUAAAAAAUCAGCAAUAACUCCUAGAUCCGGCGUCCCAAAGGCUCCUGCUGCCACAAAAGCCCUGAAGUUUCCUGGCACAAAACCUCCGAAGGUUCCUAGCACCAAGACCCAUAUCACAAAAGGCCCCAGGGAUCUUACCCCCAAAGAUCGUAAAAUAAAAGAAACCAAGCUCCGUACCACAAAAGGCCCCAAGGAUCCUACCACCAAGGGUCGUACAACAAAAGGCCCCAAGGAUCGUACCAAAAAAGAUCCCAAGGAUCGUAGCAUGGAGGCUCGUACCAAAAAAGGCCCCAAGGAUCGUACCACCAAUAAAGACCCCAUGUAUCGAACCACAAAAGGCCCCAAGGAACGUAACGUCAAGGCCCAUACCACAAAAGACCCCAAGGAUCGUGCCACCAAGGAUCGUACCACAAAAGACCCCAAGGAUCAUGCCACCAAGGAUCGUACCACAAAAGACCCCAAGGAUCAUGCCACCAAGGAUCGUACCACAAAACCCCAAAGGACAACCAAGAUCAUUGGGCCCCCACCAAGGAUCGUACCACAAAAGACCCCAGGAUCGUGUAACCAAGGAUCGUGGAUUACCAAAGGAGACCAAAAAGACCCCAAAGGAUUCAUUGCCACAAGGAUUCCGCUACCACAAAAGACCCCAAGGAUCGUACCACAAAAGACCCAAGGAUCAUGCAACCAAGGAUCGUACAGAAAAGAACCAAGAUCAUACCCCAAGGGCCCCAUCCCACAAAAGACCGCAAACAAUCAUACCACCAAGGAUCGUACCACAAAAGACCCCAAGCAUCAUGCCACCAAGGAUCGUACCACAAAAGACCCCAAGGAUCAUACCACCAAGGACCAUACCACAAAAGACCCCAAGGAUCAUGCCACCAAAGAUCGUACCACAAAAGACCCCAAGGAUCAUGCCACCGAGGAUCGUACCACAAAAGACCCCAAGGAUCGUGCCACCAAGGAUCGUACCACAAAAGACCCCAAGGAUCGUGCUACCAAGGAUCGUACCACAAAAGACCCCAAGGAUCAUGCCACCAAGGAUCGUACCACAAAAGACCCCAAGAUUCAUACCACCAAGGGCCAUACCACAAAAGACCGCAACAAUCAUACCACCAAGGAUCGUACCACAAAAGACCCCAAGCAUCAUGCCACCAAGGAUCGUACCACAAAAGACCCCAAGGAUCAUACCACCAAGGACCAUACCACAAAAGACCCCAAGGAUCAUGCCACCAAAGAUCGUACCACAAAAGACCCCAAGGAUCAUGCCACCAAGGAUCGUACCACAAAAGACCCCAAGGAUCAUGCCAUCAAGGAUCGUACCACAAAAGACCCCAAGGAUCAUGCCACCAAGGAUCGUACCACAAGAGACCCCAAGGAUCAUACCACCAAGGGCCAUACCACAAAAAACCCCAAGGAUCAUACCACCAAGGAUCGUACCACAAAAGACCCCAAGUAUCAUGCCACCAAGGAUCUUAUGACAAAAGACCCCAAGGAUCAUACCAACAAGGAUCAUACCACAAAAGACCCCAAGAAUCAUACCACCAAGGGCCAUACCACAAAAGACCGCAACGAUCAUACCACCAAGGAUCGUACCACAAAAGACCCCAAGCAUCAUGCCACCAAGGAUCGUACCACAAAAGAACCCAAGGAUCAUACCAACAAGGGAUAUACCACAAAAAACCUCAGGGAUAAUGCCAUCAAGGAUCGUACCACAAAAAAACCCAAGUAUCAUACCACCAAGGAUCGUACCACGAAAGACCCCAAGGAUCAUGCCACCAAGGAUCAUACCACAAAAGACCGCAAGGAUCAUGCCAUCAAGGAUCAUACCACAAAAGACCCCAAGGAUCUUGCCACCAAGGAUCAUACCACAAUAGAACCCAAGGAUCAUACCACCAAGGGCCAUACCACAAAAGACCCCAAGGAUCAUGCCACCAAGGAUCAUACCACAAAAGACCGCAACGAUGAUACCACCAAGGGCCAUACCACAAAAGACCCCAAGGAUCAUGCCACCAAGGAUCAUACCACAAAAGACCCCAAGGAUCAUACCACCAAGGAUCAUACGACAAAAGACCCCAGGGUUCAUGCCACCAAGGAUCGUACCACAAAAGACUCCAAGGAUCGUGACCACAAGGAUCGUACCACAAAGACCAAAAGUGCCACCAAGGAUCGUACCACAAAAGACACCAAGAAUCGUACCACAAAAGACCCUAAGGAUCAUACUGCCAAGGCCCAUACCACAAAAGACCCCAAGCAUCGUGCCACCAAGGAUCGUACCACGAAAGGCCCCAAGGAUCGUGCCACCAAGGAUCGUACCACCAACAAUCAUACCACAAAAGACUAUAGGGAUCGUACCACAGAGGACCAUACCACAAAAGGCCCCAAGGAUAAUAUCACUGAGGCUCUUGCCACAAAAGACCCCAAGAAUCAUACCACUGAGGCUCCUGCCACAAAAGACCCCAAGGAUCAUACCACUGAGGCUCCUGCCACAAAAGACCCCGAUCAUCCCGCCACAAAAGACCCCAAGGAUCGACGACGAUCAUCCUGCCACAAAAAGCCAAAGGUUAGUACCACUGAGGCUCGCCAAAACCAGACCCCACAAGGAUCUACCACUGAUGGCUACUGCCACAAAAGAAACCUCAAGGAUCAUACCACUGAGACUCCUGCCACAAAAGACCUCAAGGAUCAUACCACUGAGGGUCCUGCCACAAAAGACCCCGAUCAUCCUGCCAUAAAAGACCCCAAGGAUCGUACCACUGAGGCUCUUGCCACAAAAGACCCCAAGGAUCAUACCACUGAGGCUCCUGCCACAAAAGACCCCAAGGAUCAUAGCACUGAGGCUCCUGCCACAAAAGACGACGAUCAUCCUGCCACAAAAGACCCAAAGGUUCGUACCACUGAGGCUCUUGCCACAAAAGACCCCAAGGAUCAUACCACUGAGGCUCCUGCCACAAAAGACCUCAAGGAUCAUACCACUAAGGCUCCUGCCACGAAAGACCCCAAGGAUCGUACCAGUGAGGGUCCUGCCACAAAAGACCCAGAUCAUCCUGCCACAAAAACCCCAAGGAUCAUACCCAACUUGAGGCUCCUGCCACAAAAGACCCCGAUCAUCCUGCCACAAAAAGGAAGCCCAAGGAUUCAUACCACUCGAGGGCUCCUUGCCACAAAAAGACCCCAACGCAUCAUACCACUGAGGGCCUUCCUGCCCAAAACAAAAGACACCAAGGAUCAUACCACUGAGGCUCCUGCCACAAAAGACCCCGGUCUUCCUGCCACAAAAGACUCCAAGGAUCAUACCACUGAGGCUCCUGCCACAAAAGACCCCAAGCAUCAUACCACUGAGGCUCCUGCCACAAAAGACCCCAAGGAUCAUACCACUGAGGCUCCUGCCACACAAGACCCCAAUGAUCAUACCACUCAGGCACCUGCCACAAAAGACCCCAAGGAUCAUACCACUGAGGCUCCUGCCACAAAAGACCCCAAUCAUCCCGCCACGAAAGACCCCAAGGAUCUUACCACUGAGGCUCCUGCCACAAAAGACCCCGAGGAUCAUACCACUGAGGCUCCUGCUACAAAAGACCCUGAUCAUCCUGCCACAAAAGACCCCAAGGAUCGUACCACUGAGGCUCCUGCCACAAAAGACCCUGAUCAUCUUGACACAAAAGACCCCAAGGAUCGUACCACUGAGGCUCCUGCCACUAAAGACCCCAAGAAUCAUACCACUGAGGCUCCUGCCACAAAGGAUCCCGAUCUUCCUGCCACAAAAGACCCCAAGGAUCAUACCACUGAGGUUCCUCCCACAAAAGACCCCAAGGAUCAUACCACUGAGGCUCCUGCCACAAACGACCCCGAUCAUUCUGCCACAAAAGACCCCAAGGAUCGUAACACUGAGGCUCCUGCCACAAAAGACCCCGAUCAUUCUGCCACAAAAGACCCCAAGGAUCAUACCACUGAUGCUCUUGCCACAAAAGACCCCAGGGAUCAUACCACUGAGGUUCCUACCACAAAAGACCCUAAUAAUCAUACCACUGAGGCUCCUGCCACAAAAGACCCCAAGGACCAUACCACUGAGGUUCCUGCCACAAAAGACCCCAAGGAUCAUACCACUGAGGCUCCUGCCACAAACGACCCCGAUCAUCCUGCUACAAAAGACCCCAAGGAUCGUAACACUGAGGCUCCUGCGCCCCACAAAAAGACCCCGCCCCGGAUCAUUCUGCCCAGACCCCUAAGGAUCAUACCCACUGAUGAAGAAGAGCGAAUGGGGGCUUCCCACAAAAGCCCCCGACCCCAGGUUAUCUAUAAACCACUGAGUCUCCCUACCACAAAAGACCCCAAGGAAAAAAAAAGUCCCGUACCCCACUGA